CCCACAUAAGCACCAACGAUUAAACGUUGUGUCGUUGUGAUGUGAAAAUGCAGAAAGACGAUGGGCUAAUAUUUAUGUCUGUAUACGUAAAUGGGCCGAUUAAGUAGGCCCAAUGAUUAUAUAAUCUGAACCGUUCCUUCUCUCGCUCGACAAGGCUAUUACACCGGAAGAGAUGGAACCGCCGGCCACCGCAUCUCACCGCUCUUCCAGACGGCUUCUCUUUGACCGCCGAUACGGCUGGGUGGUCGACGAAUGGAAGGACCCAUCAGAAGAAGCUCUCGCCGGCGGCAGAGGAAUGUUUUGUGUAGUUCCCUUGACGAAGACUCUGUUUCAGACAGCUUCACAAUCAGUAAGCUUUCUUCUUCCCAAUUCCAUCAUCAAUCCGAUAAAGUUUCUAUUUUUUCAAUCAGCUUUUGCUCUUUUCUUACAGAUUAACUCAGCCGUCAAAUUUCUGGAUAUGAAGCUUCAGAAAUUGGCAAAUCCUAUGCACAAUCCAAGUGGAGAUUCAGGGUCAGAAUCAAAUGUGUUGGAUUGACAAGUACAUGUGUUGGAUUAUACGGCUAGAUCUCGUCUAUGUUACUUUGUUGAAAGUUUUUGCUUGUGUUUCAGACAUUGUGUGAUUAUAUGAAUUUUGCCUUUUGAAUUCUUUAGUUUUGUGUGUAAUGAUUCAGAAGCAGAUAUGAUCUAAUGUCUUAUCAGUUUGCUGUUGAGAGAUUUUAUAUAUGAAUAAAAUGAUGUGAGGCAAAUACCAAUUCUGGUGUUUUCCAUUACAUU